UUCAUUUGUCAAGAUUUCUAUUACCAAGAAUUUCUGGUUGAAAACCGAAAUCGAAUCAACCUUCUCUAAAGAAAGAUCGAAUGAUGGGCCGAGACAAGUUAUUAGAUGAACAAAGACAAACUGCGAUUUCUUUGGAAUCGAUAUUCCUGCUGCGUCCGUCGAAGUGACUCGCAAUAAAACGCUAAAUUUGGUGAGUCUAUUGCGGCUAGAUAUGACGUAAUGAUAGCAUUACGUCAUAAGGUAUCUAUAUUCAUAUCUUUCUGGGGAAAUUUUGUACUAAUGUGUGAAAGAGGAAGAUACCAAGACUGAAUCAAUCUUUGCAUAAUGCCGAUGCCCGAUGUUGUAUACCGUCCGCGCCGCUGAAUAACUGCCAAGGGUUGCAACCUUAAUAAACAAUAUCACAAAAUUUUGAUUGGUCUGGUGUUUCCAACUCAUUGGAUGCAGGUGUCAACCCAAAAUGAGUCAAAAUGACUCUCUUCAAGGAGUCGUCCUGGGGUCAAGAAAACGACUCCUUUGAAGGAGUCAAAAUGACUCUUUUGAAUUAACAGUGUAAAGAGACAUUUUGCGAUGAUCAAGUUUAUCCAACUUUCGUUUCUUUUGGGUGGCAUUGGAGUCAUAACAAAUGAACAAGUCACAAACACAAGUGUUGCUUCAACUAUGAUGGUUGUCCCUACAACAUCAUCACCCUCAAUAACAGCUGCGAAAACACUCGGUGUCCCUACAACAUUACUGCCCACGAACACAGAGCCAAGGAAAAAUUUUGACUUGACAAUUUGGAUUCUUAUUGGGGUUUGUACUGCCAUUUUAUUGCUAUUUCUGAUACUUCUUGCUCGUGGCAUAAAGCGCAAACAACUUGAAAGGAAGCGUAAGGAUAAAAGCGAAGUUCAGCCCUUGACAAAGAAUGAUGAUAUUUCUCUACAUCGUACCGUUCACCAGGAAGACGACAUAAAAGUUACAGCCAUGUCGAACUUUUCGGAAGAAGUACUGGUUCAUUCAACUUCUGCUGUUCCUAAUAAAGGAGUUAUUUCAUCUAAAGUGGAUAGUCUGGAACAAUCUGGUUCAAAAUCAAAAUAUUUCCUUAGCAAUUACAACAGCGUGGCUUUGGAAAAUGAGGACAAUCCAAUGUGCACGUUGAAGGAAGAUCUCUGUAAAACUGAUGACAAGGACCCAAAACGCACCUAUGAAAAAGAAGAUGUUCAACGUUCAACUCCUGAACGCGAUGUUUCAGUGGGAAUGAGUUUAAGGAAGACGUCUACCGCCAAAAAUGUCUUGGAUGAAUAUGACCCUGUUAUUACUUAUGGACCUACUAAUGCUGGAAGUCGGUUUCGAUCUGGGUCCAUAUUGGGUCAUCCCCACAACAAUUUAAACAGCAUAGCUGAGGACAAUGAGCAAAUUACAGUGUCUGAAGACGGGACCGCAAAACUCGCCAAAGAACAAGAUAACUCUUUUCCAUGUGACUCUGUGGUGUCGACAAAUCCUAGUCCUGAUCGAAGUAGCUACGUUGGUGAAAUGAAAGAAAUUGCGAGAUCGUAUUCCAUUGGUUCUGGUCCCAAUGUUGGUUCCAGAUAUAAUUCCACCAAUAGUCAACUCAGUGAUGUUGGUGAAAAUGUGAGAUUGUAUUCGACUAGUUCUGGUUCUGGUUCUAAUAUUGGUUCGAGAUGUAAUUCAACUAAUAGCAAAUUGAGUGACAGUGAUAUUAGUGAAAAUGUGAGAUCGUAUUCAACUAGUUCCGGUUCUAAUAUUGGUUCUAGAUGUAAUUCAACUAACAGCAGACUCAAUGACAGUGGUGUGGGUGAAAAUGAUGAUCCAGACGAUUCAAUACUGAUCUCGAGACUCCUUGCUCCCCCAUUACCAGAUGUAAAAUUUGAAAGUAAAAAUACCCGAAGUAAACCUGUGUCAUCCAGCGAUGCAACCACGUCGUUAUCUCACGCAAAACGUUUCCGUAAAAAACGCGUCUUCAAGUUUUACAAUAAUGAUGAUACCGCUAAGAAAACACGAGCAAAUUUAGCAAAGAAGCUCAUCACCACUGAUGGAGGUGUCAUCAAGUUGAAAGACGUCAUUCUUCGAAUCAAUGCUGGUUGCUUGGACGAAGAUACAGAAAUUACUUUAAGAAUAGACGACCAACGCGUUGAUCGAAAGUCUCUGUUCGACUUAGGUUUAAUUAAAGGGGCUUCGAAUGUGGUUGAAUUUCUUCCCAAUGGCUUGAAAUUCUUGAAACCGGCUGAUCUUAUGUUUAAACAUGAAAGGACCGUGUCCGAUAUUGAAUUGUUCAUCCUGCGUGGCUCUUACAACUGCAAUUAUUGGAGAACCGUUUGGGAACUGGUAGCCGGUGAUAUUGCAGAGAACACAAAAGAAGGCUUUGUUAAUGCGAAAAUUGAAGGGUUUUCUUUCUAUUUCUUUAUAUCGGCGACGCGCGGGAUGUUAGCUAGUCUUUUGAGUCACCUCAAUUACUCAUUCUCCUGCUAUGCCUAUGCUUUGUAUCGACGAAAGCCUGCACAUAAUGAACUGAUAGACAUUUUAGUCGUCUUGGUGAGUGAAUUCGUCGAUGACAAGGGCGAAGAAAACAUUAAACAGUUAAAAGAUCUUUACCAAGCAAAAUACAUUAAAAGUGAGAAAGGAACAGCGAAACGGCUUGGAACAGAUCGCCGUCUUCAAAUGUGUUUAGAUUUCCAGGAAUACAAAGGCGGACCGUUUUCGUUUUUUGUAGACCAAGGACAGCUAGAUUCCAUCGGUUAUGUAAUCGACCAUUUCAAGGGAGUCCCCAUUAAAUAUCCAGCAAAAGGAACAAUUACUAUACAUGAAGUGCUUUCCGAAGAAAAUUCAGCAGCUGAAAGUGGUCUUCCGUGGGUGCUAAGAAUCGAUGAAGAACAACAAAAUGCUAAAAAAGAUGAAAUAAUUGUCCAACCAAUACCGACAGAUACAGAACCACCAGGCGAAUCCGCUGAAACGGAAGUUGUACGCCGGAACACAAAACUCACAACAAUAGAAAUAACGAGGGUGAGCCGUAUGGUUGCGAUGGAUUGGGACAGUCUUGCCGGGCUCAUGGAUAUUCCGUAUGAAAAACGUGAAGAGAUUAGAACCAACUUCACCAAAUACCCUGAUUCUCCUUCCAAAGCGGAAGAAGUUCUUGAACAUUUCAAUGGCAGUGAUUGCUUUGGUCGAGAUAUUCUUGAAAAAUGCGUUGAUGAAUUGGGAAGGCAUGAUUUAUUAAAGAAAUUACAGCCUAUGAAGGACGAGAAUAAACGCACCGGGAUUGUUAGAUGGAAGAAACGAAUUCCAUCAUCGCAAAUCAAAGAGGCUGAUAAUGAAGAAAUUAAAAAGUUAAUAACACGACUCGAGAACUCCCCGGAGGAAAACGUUCAGCCUCUCUCCCCUCGUGAAAUGUACAGGUUAAGUCGAUGCGUUGGAGUUGACUGGGACAGUCUUGCUGGCCUCAUGGACAUCGCCAAGGAAGAAAGAGAUGACAUCAGAUACAACUUUGCUGUUUACAGCGAUCAUCGUUCACGAGCUGAGAAAAUCUUAUCUAUUUUCAACCGCAAGAGAGACUUCUCGCGUAAGAAGCUGGUAGAAUGCUUGAAAGAAAUCAGGAAAUUAGACGUGAUUCGACCAAUUAUCACUGGAAAAUGGAAAGUCAUGUAAUUAUCAUGUCAUCUGUUAAGUUGGA